UGAACCGUUCGGUUUGGUUUAGUUCGGUUGAACUGUUGGAAGCAGUUGGAAGCAGUUGGAAGACUUGGACAGACUUGGAUAGACUUAGAAGUUGGAAGUAGUUGGAAGUUGCAAGUUAAAACCGUGGUGAACGACAAACAGGUGUAGCGUCGUGGAAAGAAAUAUUCUGGAGCGGAUUGGAGUUUGGAACUCAGGAGUGAGCAAUUUGCAAAAUUCGCGCAGGGAGUUCAUCUGUUAUUAGAUCGUCAUGAAAGGCUUCUCUCAAUGACGUGACAGCGAUGCGCGGUGAUCGAUAGCACCUCGCGCGCUCCUGCGACGUCGCCGAGUGAUAUUCAGCCGUUCAGUCGCCUCCGUCCGAAUCAUCGCCACGGGUUGCUACGUCGUGGCUCUAUGUAGAUUAGGCGAUUAACAUUUUAUCCCUUUGACAGCGAGGGAACUGCGCCCGCGUAUGUUGUACCGAAUGCCGAACGGUCCCGAUCUUGUUCUGAGAAUCCGAAGUCACCACGACCGGCAGCAUGUCCGACGCGUCGAAACUCAAAUACACCUGCGUCAAAGAUCUCGAACAAAAAGCCAAGGUUGCUUUAGCAGGUAAAGAGCCACGCAGUGUAUACCAGAGGCUCCCUACUAUGCGAGAAAUAUCUGAUAAGGCAAAGAAAGACGGAGACGACGAGACCGCGUAUAUCAUGUUGAAGAGGUGGCUGGAUGCGGUGGAGUGGCUGAAGAGAACCCGUAACAAGGAUGGCAAGUCGGCCUAUACCACAAGUAUUACUGUUGGUCAGAUAAAUGAAGUGAAAAACAUACUUGCAGACUUGAAGCAAAAGUUAGAAGUACAUUAUGAACUUAGCUCCAAAAAGCACAAUAAUAUAGUGGAACCGAUGGAAAUAGAGACAAACGAGUCGGAAGUAUCGAGUAGUGACAUUGGUUUGAAAUUGCCAGAAAUACCAACAGAAGAUAUAAAUCUUUGCGAUAAUGACGAAUUUAUAUUCUGUGAUCAGGUGUAUAAUCUCAUACAUAAAAAAAAUAUGAGAUACUUGAUUAUUGAUAUUAGACCGAAAGCUCAUUAUGAAAGUUCCAGGAUAGCAUCCAAUCAUUGUAUCAACAUUCCACAAUCUGAAAUUAAAGUAGGAUUGCUGGCUUCUCACUUUGAAAAAUGUUUUGAAAAUGAUCAGCACUCAUUUGAGUUAUUUAUUCAACGAUCAACACGGUACAUAAAUAUUCUAGUCUUGGUAGACUGGAAUUCCACACAAGAGUCUCUGUCUGUACAGUCUGGUAUAGUUCAUAUAAAUCUGUUAAAGACUACUUUUGAGAAAUGGGAUCCUGGUAUAAAAUAUCCAAAGAUCAAGAUUCUGAGCGGAGGAUAUCAGGAAUGGCUUGAGCGAUAUCCAGCAUUUACAACAAAUCCAAAUAUCCAAGUACCAGAGUUCAACAACGUUGUGAAUGAGAUUUUAGAGACGUUUGAAUAUCCCGAUAUCUACGAAUCUGAUUCGGAGGAGGAAAUUAUAAAGGCAGAGCGAAGAAGAAAAAGCAAAUUAAACAAGAUAAGAGCUUCUAACAAAGAUAUCGACAUGGAAAUGGAUCAUGGUGACAAUAAGUCAGCAAUAUCUAGACAUCCCAAAUCGAACAGCAACGACGUCAUUUUAGCAAAAUCCAAGAAUUUCGUUACUCAUGUAACAAUAUCAGCUGAUGACAAACAGCCAUCUCGAGCUGAUAGUGUGAAUGGGCAACGAUUGGAAAGUCUAGACAAUUCAGUGUCAGUCGCUCAGCCUAAGAUAUUGUCAAAUAAAGUGCCACAAAACGAAGUAAGCACGAAACCGGUAAUUGAUCGCAGCAGUAAACCGACCACCUCAAAGACGUAUGAUCCACGAUGUAAAGAAGUACUAAGGUUCAUGAAAGAAUUAAAUGAAUUGGCGAAAUCGAAAAAGAAGCUUGCUCAUGAAUUGUUGAACCAGGAAUACGAGCUUUAUUCUCAUCAUGAUGACAAAUAUAAUGCUAGUGACGAAAAAUAUCUACGAGCAGAAAUAAAAUCUCUGAAAAUUAAAUUGGAGGAUAUGCACAAAAUGUACCUCAAAAUUGAAAAUGAAUUUAACACAUAUUUAAAGGAAGCGGAUACAAUUAAAUUUAAUCCCACGGAUGACAACGAAAAGAAAAAUCUUGAAUUUACUCUUUCUAUGCUAAAAAAUGAAAACAAAGACAUUGAAACUAAAAGGAAGAAACUACAGGAAGAAUUUUUACAAAGAGAACAUAAGGAAAUUAAGCAAAAUGACAGUGAUGUUCAUAAAGAACCCUUGAAGGAUGGUUCAUCCAUUAACACGAGCUUGGAGCGUUCUUAUUCAAGUCCAAAUUUAUUACAGUUGGGAGAUCGUAAAGCACCUCAGAUAGAUAGAACUUCUAAGCCACAUAUUUCUCCUCGCAAUCAAAAUGGAUUGGCAAUUGGAAAUGAGAACAUCAAAGUGUCUUCUCUUAGUUGGGGCAAUCGUGAGGAACGAAUGACUCCUAUUCACGGCACUGUUCAUCCGGGCAUAACCGGCUUGAAGAACUUGGGCAAUUCUUGUUAUAUGAACAGCAUAAUUCAGUGCCUGAGUAAUACAACAAACUUGGCGAAAUAUUUUACUGAUAACUCGUACGCUGACGAUCUGAAUACGAAUAAUGACAAUAUGACACAAGGUCAAGUAGUAGAAGAGGUAGCUCAAGUAAUCAAGGCACUAUGGAGAGGUCAAUAUAAAAGCAUAUCCCCUCAUGAUCUAAAGGUUGCAGUUGGGCAAUAUAAAUUACAAUUUGAAAGUUACGAUCAACAAGACUCCCAUGAAUUUCUGACGUUUCUUUUAGAUUGGAUGCAUAAUGAUCUAAAAAAGGAGGCAACAAUGCUGAUCGAAAUGACUAAUGCAGAAAAAGAAUGGGAUAAAGCAAUGAAUUCCCAAAGAUCUAUAAUAUCAGAUUUAUUUUUUGGACAAUUAAGAUCAACCAUUACAUGUUUAUUUUGCAAACAAGCGAGCACUACAUACGAAACAUUUAAUAGUUUAACAAUGUCUUUAUCUCAGUCCAGUCGGUGUAGCUUAAAUGAUUGCAUGGAGAAAUUUGUAACGGGACAAAAAGUAAGCGGUUGGAAAUGUCCCAAGUGCCAGACACCCCGCGACGCAACAAAAAAAUUCGAUUUUGUUAAACUUGCACCUAUCGUUGUGAUUCAUCUGAACCGUUUUGCCGAGACUGGCGGAUGGUUAGAAAAGCGCAACACGGCCGUCGAUUUUCCCCUCACGGGAUUCAAUUUGAAACCAUACCUCGUCUUAGAGAACGCAAAAGCGAUCAUGUCGAACAAUAUCCGUAAUUACAAUUACAGUCUCUACGCGAUAUCGAAUCAUUACGGAACAAUGGAUGGCGGCCACUACACGGCAUUCUGCAAAAAUGCUACUCAAAAUAAAUGGUACAAGUACGAUGAUCAAACCGUCACGGAGGUGUCACCGAGUCAAGUUAAAUCUCAAAAUGCGAGUGCCUAUUUAUUGUUUUAUACGUCAUUUCCAAAUACGAUUAUGUAGUAUGAGGACACAGCCACGGAUGUGAUCAAGAUCCAAUUGUGACGAAAGUCUUCAGUGUGAUAUUAUUAUACUUAAGGGAAGGUGUACAUGAGUAUAUGAUUUUUGACACUUUGUAGAUAUUAAGCGGUUAUAUUUUGUAUGAUAAAUCUAUACGCGAACAAAACGUAUAAGAGCAGUAACAAUAUUGAAAGCUUUAUCGGUGCUGGAAUUCAUUAAGAAUACAUGUAAAUACAUACUUCGAUUUCCCUGUAUUUCCGCAGUCUGUCGCUUUAGAGAUAAAACAAAAUAUAAUUGUGCUCGAACAUAUUUUAAUAUGUGUAUAAAGCUUCAUAUAAUUAUAUUAAUAUACUUAGAUACAGUCAGAGUACGUUAUGUUUGACAUCUUGCAUUAUUAUAUGAUUGUAGCCUUAUUAUCAUUUUUGCCUUAUAUGUCAAAACGAGGCAAAAAGGGCCAUAGUUCUUUGCCUAAUCAAUCAAUUUAUAUAAUAUUUUCGAAGAAUUUAUUUGAAUUUAGAAUCCAUGUGUUAAAAAUAUGUUCUGUUUAAUCAUAUUUUGCACAAAUGGUUUCGACAGUCAUCAUAAAUAGCGUUUAACAUAAAUAAAAUCAAUACGUUGUAUGCGGUUUAGAUCGAUUUAGCAGCACACAAACUGCCUUUGUUGCGCUACCAGUAUUGUCGCAACGUAUGACCAUUUUAUAUGUGAAGCAAAAUGCUUCAUUGAAAAACGUACGCUUCUCACAAAAAAGUUAGUUAAAUAGGAUUUCGUUACGUACGAACUGUUGUAUACGUAUGUAUGUACAUUUAUUGGCUUCGAGCAGCCCAAAGAAAUCACAUUUUAUAAUUAGUCAUAAAUAUAAUAUUUCUAUACUUGGAACAUCACACGUUUCAAUAAAAGGCUUUAUACAAGCUGCUUUCAUACUUCAUAGCAAUAUCAUGUUUAUGUAUAUAAUUAUAUUAAUGUAAUUUAUGUAUAUAAUUAGAAUUAUGCUAAUAUAUUUAUAUAUAUAAAUAUAUUUUCACAAGUAGUACAUAUAUAACGAUUCUCGGGUAUUUUAUAUGUAUUUGUUGUACAUUAACGAGGAGUAUGAAAGUAACUUGCAUUCGCAAAAGCUAAAAGAAUCUUCGCGAGCUUGCUAGUUCUCAUCACGCAACUCACGUUAUUAAUUUAUCAUUGCCAUAUACGAUUAUAUUAUUAUAAUUCUUCAUAAGAUGUGCAAUAUAUGUACUGCCAUCCAAUCACUUAAGUUACUUUCUAUUACCCUUUUUUUAUAAGUUAUAAAGUUACUAUUGUUUAAAAUGGGUUACUACAGUCAUUUUUUCCUGAGCUAAAAUUUGUAAAUUUUGUAAAAUAUGAGCGAUUUAUUUAUAUAUUUAUUUUGUGCCUCGUUUUAUAACAAUCACUAGUUCACUGGAUACUGAUUUGAUGUCUGAUUUUAUACCAUUAGCCAAAAAUAGCUGAUGUAAAAUCACGUUGCCAGGAACAAAAACAAAGAUAAAAACAAUUGCUGGACAUACAAAAGAAUAUAGUUGGCCUUUCGCCAGUACCAUUGUACACCAAGUACUCAAUUACUCAUCAAAAUGUCAAUUGGUACUACUAGUCAUGAUUAUUUCAUCAUACUAAUUGCUACUAAGGUAUCUUUAAGUGCAACUUUAAUUUUUACCUUUUUUUGAAAUAUAUUGUUUAAACUCCUGUUUUUACAAACUUUUAAACUGUGCUAUGAAAAAAAUUUAUUGUGUAUUAUCAAUCCAAAAAUAGACUCGCAGCAAAUAAGUUUUUUAAAUGGCCUUAAUUAUUUUAAAAAUUUAAUCAAUAACAUUACUGAUUAUUUGAUUACUCUUUUAAUGCCUGAAAGAUUAUUUUUUAUUAAAAAGUUAGUAUUUUACGUUUUUUAGUCCGAUGAUUGGAUGGCAGCGUUAUAUAUAUCUGAAAUGUUUAUGGAACAAUGUCAAUAACAUCAUUACAAUUUUGUCCAAUGUA